ACAAGAUAUUAAUCCUAUCUCAGGUGGCGCUGUCUUGAUGCAAUGAAAGUUUACCCAUAUUCUCGAUAGCAACCAUUGUCUUCUAUUUCAGAGUGUAGAAAACGUUGCAGAGACAUGAGUCACAAGCAGGGGCGGACUGACAACUCAUGGGGCCCCCGGGCAAUUGGGGAUCAUGAGGCCCCUGUGUCCUUGCCCACACUCAAAACACACCCAAAAAAGCCUAUAAAAGGUACCAGGGGCAUCUCAUGGGGCCCCCUACUGACCCCGGGCCCUCGGGCACUGCCCGAGUUUCCAAAU